CGUCAAGAGUGUGGUAUUUGCACUUGGCUCUGGCUACAUCCUCCUCCCUUCCUUCUCCCAUCUUGGCUCUGGGCGUGUUGCUGCACGGUAUAAAACCUUGGAUAAACUUUUCCCGUACCCUCUCCGUAGGACUAUUACCACUUCACCACAACUUUCUCACACCUCCCACUCGUAACAAUGUCUGCAUGCACUGACCUGGAGAGAUGCAUGGAGUCUCUUAUUGUGGUUUUCCAUAACUAUGCCAACGAGGACAAGGAUGGAUCCACAUUAAGCAAAAAAGAAUUCAAAAAACUUGUUGAGACAGAACUACCUAAUUUCCUGAAAGCCCAGAAAAACCCAAACCUGGUGAACCAAAUGAUGAAAGACCUGGACCAAAAUAAAGACCAGAAGAUAGAUUUUGAAGAAUUCCUUUCUCUGGUCAAUGGCCUUUCGAUGGCAUGUGAAAGAUGUUAUAAACUGCAUGAACAGAAGGGCAAGAAGUAAAACAAAAAUAUGAAACAUCACUGAGACAAUCCUUAAAUAAAAUAAACAACAAAUCA